AAGCUGGUAGUUACAGAGGGUUCUUAGGCGAGUUUUCAUUAAAGCUUUGUUGAAUUAAUCACCUGACAAAACAAAAACACAGUCAUUCAGAGAGUAAAACUGAAUCAUGCAUUUUUAACGAAUGGUCCUUAUGAAGAAGUUUCGAAAAUACUUAAAGUUGUGCAUGAUUUUUUGUGUCCACUACACGCAAAAGCCGUUUUGUCAAGUCGAGGAAAAUGUACGCAGGGAACUCGUUUCAGCGUUCACCAAAACUGUCUGGACGAACAGAAAUGACAACCUUGAGUCAUAGGCCGUCGCCUUCUAAGCUUUACACCUCCUCAAUUUCCCAGCCUCCUUCUGUCAGGGGCAGUCCCACUCCUUCAAGGAUAGCCCCUUCUCCUUCGCAAACAUUCAGACCUCGUCAUUACAGAAUCAGUAGAUCCAGUAAUAAUAGCCCACUAAAUUUGCCAGGGGAGCUUCAUUUUCCUCAUUCAAUUAGUAGCAGUACAUUUAAUACUGGCGCUGUUUACAACGGUGACGAAUUCAACAGCCCCAUUAUGGACAUCCGAACAAGUGGUGCUGGACAUCGUAGCCGCUCCGUAAGCCGACCCGUGCGUAGUUAUCACGUGCUAGAAAGGGGUCCCGAAUAUAUUACUGCUCGAGAGGCUAGACAAAGGUCUCUCGAUGCAGGAGACAUAGUUGGCAGACCCCCCAGAGCCCGGGACCGUUCACUAGAACGAUAUGUGUACAGGGAGCUGGAACAAGGCGAUGUCUAUUAUCCGGAACGUGAAUCUGUAAUUGAAUCCGAUCCGUAUAGAGAACAUGGAAUGUGUAACGUUCGUAAUUCACACGCUUUUACCGUUCAUAAUGUAGAGAAGCAGAAUGAUUAUACUCGUGAAAAUUUUGUGUUGGAACUUCAGUCACGUCUGAAUGAGCUACAAAAUCAGUACGGAAACAUGAAACGGGAACUUGAUGUCACCACUCAGAAACUAGGCUCCAGCAUGCACAGCAUUAAGACGUUCUGGAGCCCAGAGUUAAAGAAAGAGCGUGCUUUACGAAAAGAAGAGGCCGCCAAGUAUGCUUUGAUAAAUGAUCAGUUGAGAAUUUUUAGGUCUGAAAAUCAGCAGCGUUCACCUGCUAAUGACCGUCUUCUACAGAAGCAGUGUCAACUGAUUCACCAGUUAGAGGAGGAACUCCGGAAUGCUCACAUGAAAGGUCAGGAAACUGAAGUUCAACAACAUCUUAAAGACCUCUACAACGAAAAGGAACAUAUGAGGAAAGAAAUGUUUCUGUUGAGAGAAACUGUCAAGGACUUGGAGAUGAGAAAUGAAAAUCAAAAACAGAUGCUAAUAUCCAAAGAAGAGAACGUCAAGAGACUAAUGGAGAUUCACCAUAGUAAAGGCACAGGUAAGCUGAGGGAAGAAGAACGACUUGAAAUGGAGAGACUUAAAAACAAGUAUAUAGAAGCUGAGGCUAAAGCACGCCAUCUAGAAGGACUGUUAGAAAGCAAAGACCGAGAGUUCGGAAAGGUGGACGAGUUACGAUACGAGGUGAACAGGCGAGACCAAGAAAUUAUGGCUAUGAAUGCAAAGAUGAGGACCCUUGAUGAACAACAUCAGGACUACCAGCGUCACAUUGCUGUUCUUAAAGAAUCGCUGUUUGCUAAGGAAGAACAUUACAAUAUGCUCCAGUCUGACGUAGAAGAAAUGAGACAAAAGUUAGAAGAGAAAAAUGCUAACAUCGAGAAAAAGACUCAACAGGCCACCACAGCAACUCAGGAAAAGAAUAGACUGAGUCAAGAAGUUCAAGAACUCAGGGACCACAUGGAGAUCAAAGACCGAAAAAUUAAUGUUCUUCAAAGAAAGAUUGAGAAUCUCGAAGACUUGCUACGAGAGAAGGACAAUCAGGUGGACAUGGCAAGAGCCCGACUGACCGCUAUGCAGGCUCAUCAUUCUUCUUCAGAAGGAGCUUUGUCCAGUUUAGAGGAGGCCAUUAGUGACAAGGAGAAACAAAAUGUUCAAUUACGAGAACAACGAGACCGUGCUGAACAGGAACGGAACGAAGAGCGCGAGCUGCACGAGCGUGAAAUAGCAGAAUACAAAAUGAAGAUGCACGCUCUCGAGAGUGAAAUGGACAAGCUUCAGAUGAAGCUCGAAAAGGCAGCUGCAGAGAAGGACCGUGUUGAGGUGAGAUUAGAAAACUCCCAGUCGGAGCUUGGUCAAGCCAGAGCAGAGCUGGAGAAGUUACAGUCAGAAGUAAACAAGUCCCAGAUUGAAUGGGAAAAGGGAAAAGGAGAAAGCUCCUGGCUCACCCUGGAGACUGAACGGCUGAGAGAACAGAACGAAUGGCUAAAAGCAGAGUUAAGUAAGUCUCGAGAUUCCUACGGCAAGUCAAGCGUGUACCAGUCGGAUGAAGCGGAGCGGCUACAAGAGAGAUUAGAAAAGGCCCAGUCGGAAUUACGUCGCGCGCAGGCCGAACUUCGAAUGAACCAGGCAGAACAAGAUAGAGCACGAGGAGAGGUGGAACAGCUUCAAGAAAAGAUUGAGAGGUCUCAGGGUGAAGUGUAUCGUUUGAAAGCAAAGUUAGAGAAUGCACAGGCCGAAAGUCAAAACCUCCAAGAGGAAUACGACAGAGUUCAAGCAUUGGUUGCUCGUAGCCAAUCAGAGCGAGACGUAUCCAUAGCCGAGACAGAGAAGCUUCGCAAUGAGCUUGAAAGGGUCCAGGGAUCUCUCGUCAAAACCCAACUACAACACGAAAAGACCCAGGCGACUUUAGAUAAAGCUCAGCUAGAUUGUGAUAGAAUUCAGGAAAAACUGGAUAAGGCCAACAGUGAAAUACGUAGACAUCAAACUGAAAGAGAACAAGCACAAUGCGAGAUGGAGAGCGUACAGUCGCAGGUUUAUCAAUUACAGAGUCAAACUCAGAAACAUCAGCGCGAGAAAGAGGUGGCGCUGAUUGAAGCUGAGAAGCUGAAGGAGAAGCACGAAAGAGCACAGUCACAGUUACAGCGCCUGCAACGGGACAAGGACCUUUCUCACCAUGAGAUCGAGAAACUUCAGGAAAGAGUAGACCUGCUUCAAGCACAGCUGAAUAAGUCUAACAAAGAAAAAGAAAAUACUCAGGCGGAGUUUGAGGUCAUCAAAGAAAGGUUUGAGAAGUCUCAGAACCAACUAGAGCGGUAUCACGCAGAUUAUGACACUGCCCAUACAGAGAACAGAGUGUUGAAAGAAAAGCAUGACAAACUACAGCAGCAGUUACAGAAGCUGCAAGAAGAUAAAGAAAUGACAAGGGUUGAAUGUGAGAAACUUCAAGGGAAGCUAGAAAGGAGCCAAUCAGAAACGUUCAAAAUCCAAUCUAGGUAUCACCAAGCACAAGCAGAAGUAGACAGACUAAAUAUAGAAUUAGAAAAAGCUAUAGUUGUUACAAACAAAACAAAAGAAGACUACAAAAAGACACAAGAUGAACUCGAAGGGCUAGAAGAGAUGUAUUCAAGAACCAGCUCACAGCUUUCAAAAACAAAAGAGUCUGAGGAAAAGUUGAGAAACGAGCUCGACAGAUGCCAGAUGGACCUCGAGGUAGUUCGAGACAGGUAUGAGAAAUCUCAAGUAGAAUUAAGACGAAUUCAGUCAGAGCGAGAUAAGUUACAAGCGGAAGUGGACCGAAUGUCCAUAGAACUGGACAGAUUACAAACACAAGUUGGAAAGACGCAAACCAGUCACGAAAAGUCACAAGAAGAGGUUGCCAGAAUGCACGUAGAGUUGGAAAAGGUGUAUGAAAAAUUGGACAGAUGUCAGGUAGAGUUGAGGAAAACCCAAAAUGAAAAAGAUCGGAUACAGACGGACAAGGAAAAUAUACAGUUGGAAUUAGAGAGAUACCAAACUCAACUUUUUAAAUAUCAAACAGUACAGGAUAAAUCUCAGUCAGAAGUGGAAAGGAUGUAUGUUGAUUUUGAGAAAGUGAAAGAUAAGUAUGACAAAGCACUUGCAGACCUGGACAAAGCAAACGAGGAGAAGGAAAGAUUAAAUUUAGAAUUAAAGACAAUCCGGGAAUAUGAUCUUAAACGCAAUGGAAAUGUUGUAGCACAAACUGAAAACUAUAAAAGUUACGAAGAAACGGAGAAGUUGUGCAUCGAAGUCGAAAAAAUAAAAGACAAAUAUGAAAGAGCCUUACAUGAUAUUAACCAACUUCAAGAAACGAAAUUACGACAGCAGAGAGAGAUCGAGAGCCUACAGUACGAGUUAGAAGCAGGCCAACCUAAGAUUCAUAGGGUGUCGUCAUAUGAGGGAAGGCAUAAAAUUGAUUUUGAAAAAAUGGUUGUUGAGGCAGAGAAAAUGAAAGACAAUUUUGAGAAAAAGGAAUUGGAACUAGAGAAAAUCAGGAGGGAGAAGGAGUCACUUCAAGAAGGAGUGAAUGAUCUAGAGACACGCUUAGGAGAUGCUCUUGGCAAGCUGGAGACUUUUCGCACAAGUCAAGAACAGACCAGGUAUAGCAGUGACGCAGAAGAAACUGAGAAGUUGAGGCAACAAUUAAAUAAAGUUGAAUAUGAACUCCAACAAUCGCUUGCAGAGAACAACCGACUUCAAAUACAAGUGGAGAGGCUAGAGCAAGAUUUAGAUGAUGCUGAUAAAUAUAUUGCUGGUUAUCAUCAGGAUCAAGAGAGUUCUAAAGAGGAAAUUGGUAGGCUAGAAGAGGAAAUUGGGCGACUGAGGGAUAAGCUUGAUAAAUCUCAGGAUGAGCUGUACUGUGCCGAGGAGGAACGGGAAGGAUUGCAGCAGGAGACAUUGCAAUACCAACAAGAUAUUCAAAACACAAAGUCAACAUUGGGGAGAAUGCAAGACUCACAACAUAUUUCUAAAGCAGAGCUUGAUAAGUCGAAACAAGAGUUGCAGAAGAUGCAGAAGCAAGCAGAGAAAGUUGAGUACCAACUACAAAAGACCGAAACUCAUAAUCAAGAAUUACAACAAAAACUAAGAUGGGCCAUGGAAGCUGUUUCCAACUACCAGAGGCAGGUGGAAGAUGUUAAGGCUGAGUUAGAAAAGACAAAUGAAGAAAGAAAAGAAAUGAAAAACAAACUGCUAGCUGAUAGACCUCUGUCGGGGGAGAAUGAUCAAAGAGAGAUCGAGAACCUUCAACAGGAACUUCAGAAUCAAAAGGCCGAAAGCCAGAGACUGAUCCAAGAGAUUCAGAGAUACAGAGACCAACUGAGUCAAAUUGAUGAAAGUCAUUGGACAAGUGAAGAAUACGAAAGAGAAAUAGAACAAUUACAUGAAGAUCUAGAAAAACAGAAAGAAGAAAGUAAAAAAAUGUCCAGCCAAAUCCAGAAGUUUGAAAAACAGUUAGCACAAUCACGAGAUGAAACAAGGAACUUUUCGUUAGAGAGGGAACGUUUCCAACAACAGCUUGAGAAAUUGGUAGAAGAACUAGAACAGAAACAGUUGGAUCUGGAAGCCUUCCGUAACCAGCAGGGGGCGUCUCACCAGCAGCAGCAGGCUACCCAGCUGAGAGAGCUUAACAGGCAGUUGGAAGAGAAACAGCGUAUUACAGAAGACUUGGAAAAAAAACUGAAGAAGAGAGAGGAAAACUUGAAUCAGUUAGAAAUGGCCCUCUCACAGUUAGAGACAGGUCAGGCUGAAGGUUUUGCCCAGCAAGUGGCAGAACUUCGGCAGAAAAACUCUGAACUGGAGAAAAUAAAAACUGAUUCUGAGAAGGAAUUAGCCGGGGCGAAAGAGGAGUCCAAGCGGUCAGCAUCUGAACUCGAGCGGUUACUGCAAAUUAUGACCUCCACAGAGGAAGAAAAGUUUGCUCUGAAUCAGCGUAUCAAAGAACUGCAAGACUCCCUGAAAGAUAAAGAGGCUAAACUGAGUAGUAUGAGGAAGAACCAACAGGCUGUUCCAAUGUUAGAAGAUCCUCGGAGGAGAAACGUUGAUCAAAGAAGAGAUUCCCAGAAGGGCCAGCAAUCUGGACCUGCUGGCUUCUUUUCAAGUUUCUUUUAAGAUGUAUACUAUUGUGCGUGCCUGCGUAGGUUUACAAUUCUUUUCUUUUAUUUCCAUGUGACAGUUGUUUUUCAUAAAUUGAAGAGUGAAUGCUUUUAUAAAAUAAAAACCAGUAAUGUGCCUUCUGUUUUUGUUUUUGUUUGUUUGUUUGGCAAACUGACAUCUGCACCCUUGUUAUAAUUUCUCUUCUAUCCAAAGCAUGUGUUUUAUAUUUAUGUGGCACAAAACAAACUCAUUUUCUUCUGCCCUUCCUUCCAUUGAUGUCAUUCACCCUUCCUUCUAUUGAUGUCAUUAACCCUUCCUUCUAUUGAUGUCAUUAACACAAACUGAGGGAACCUCGUCUGAAGGGACCUUCACAUGAACAACGAAGAGUCAGCAGAAAAACGGACGAAAAUUCUUCAAGAAAGACGAGAACUUGCUGUCUGUAUCGCCAUCUUAAAGGUGAAAAAUGAAAAGUGGGCGCAGUUAAAGAUUCGAGGGCUGUGAAGAAGGACCCAGAAGUAGUUUAACGUUUAUGAAAGGUCUGUAAGAAAGGAACCAGAAGAUAGUUUAAAGUCUGUGAGAAAAUAACCAGGAAGUAGUUUAAAGUUUAUGAAAGGCCUGUGAGGAAGGAACCAGGAGGUAGUUUAAAGUUUGUGAAAGGUCUGUGAGGACGGAACUAGUAGGUAGUUUAAAGUUUGUGAGGAAGGAACCAGAAAGUAGUUUAAAAUUUGGGAGGAAGGAACCAGUAGGUAAUUUAAAGUAUAUGAGGAAGGAACCAGUAGGUAGUUUGAAGUUUGGUAAAGGUCUGUGAGGAAGAAACCAGAAAGUAGUUUAAAGUUUGUGAAAGGACUGUGAGGAAGGAACCAGUAGGUAAUUUAAAAUUUAUGAGGAAGGAACCAGUAGGUAGUUUAAAGUCUGUGAGAAAAUAACCAGGAAGUAGUUUAAUGUUUAUGAAAGGCCUGUGAGGAAAGAACAAAAGGUAGUUUAAAGUUUGUGAAAGGUCUGUGAGGAAGAAACCAGAAAGUAGUUUAAAAUUUAUGAAAGGUCUGUGAGGAAGGAACCAGGAGGUAGUUUAAAGUUUAUGAAAGGUCAGUGAGGAAGAAACCAGAAAGUAGUUUAAAAUUUGUGAUAGGACUGUGAGGAACGAACCACGAGGUAGUUUAAAGUUUAUGAAAGGUCUGUGAGGAAGAAACCAGAAAGUAGUUUAAAAUUUGUGAUAGGACUGUGAGGAAGGAACCAGGAGGUAGUUUAAAGUUUACGAAAGGUCUUUGAGGAAGGAACCAGAAGGUAGUUUAUAGUUUAUGAAAGUAUAUCAGUUGAUGAUACGUUACCCAACAGUGCCUCCAGUCAAGAGUUUUGCAGAGGUGCCGACUUUACAGAGAAGCCGACUUAUAAUAGAAUCCCAGACAAGAAAAGCCACGCAUCUUUCUCACGAUCUAUAGUUUUUCCUAGAAAACAGUACAAGCUUACAGUACUUAGUUACAGCUUAUCACGUGAGCAAGUGUAAUUAAUAGUUUAAGACUAUAAUUUAUGUAUGUCUUUUACACACCACAACACAAUGGUGGCUUACUUUGAUCAUCACAUCAAAUAUAGCUGUUGUAGUGUGGUUUGUUCCUCUUCUUGUAUUAAAAAUUAGUAAAGUGAUAUUUAAUAAUUGACAUGUAUGUAAUUUAGAGGUGAACAGUUUUACAGGAGUUUGUAUUGUAUCCAUGAAAGAUGAUUUAUUUGUCUAAGUCCAGUUAUAUGAACAGAUGUUCGAGUCUGUUUUGAAAACAAAUACUUACUAUGUCGUACAUAUCAUUAAUGACGUCAGUUGUGGGAAAUCGAAAGGUAUCUGUUCUUUUACCUACUUUAACUCAUUUUCUCUAAACUGAUACUGUUUCGUGGCUAAAUGUUUUUGACAUCUUUUAAGAAUUGUUGUAAAUAUCUCAACACGAUGUUUGUCGGUCCACAUAAAUACAUAAAUGUAAUUUUUUUUCAAAGUGUCAGCGAAAUAGAUGUUCCAGGGAUUCGAUGUUCGAGAUAAUUGUUAUGAAUAUUUUCAUCGAAAGUUUUACUUUUUAGUAACACUUAUAUUAACCUCUCUAUAAAUUCAUCCAAUUGUCAGGAUUAAAGUAUUAUUAAUUCCAAAAAAAUAUAUGUCAAUAUUAUAACAAGAUUUGUUGCAGUAAUUCCAUAAAAAAAAACAUCGUCAAGUUAUUUUGUGUAUAUAAACACAGGUAGUUUUCAUUGUAUUUUAAUUUCAAGUUAUUAAAAUUAUUAUUCUUACGGUGGAAAUGUUAUGGCAUUGGAGGUUUAUUGAUAUAUUACAUAACAAGGUUCUUAUAUCUCUCACUAUCGUCCUGGUCUAGAGGUUAGGGCAUUCGACUCACAAUCGGUGGGUCGCGGGUUCGAAUCCCCCGU